ACAGCUACUCUGAAAAUGACGAUCAAAAUCCGCACAUCCUAUUUCACAGAUGCAAGGUUCCAUUCCAAAGCCAAACCAUCCGAGUCAGAGGUCGAACUUGUGAAAUUAUUAGCGGUGUGUGCAGAAGCUGUAUUCAUUAUCCCUUUCAAAGCUUUCAUCGCGAUGGGCAUUCUACACAGUAUCACAAUUUUACUAGCAAUAUUCGCAUCACUAUUGUCUCUUCUAACGUUUCCCAUUUAUUUCAAAGUGUUCCGAAAGAAUAAGGCUAAAGAACAAGAGUCCCCAAUAUACCCGAUCCUUCAACACUUCCACCGAUUUGUCUGCUUCAUGCUUAUAGUUAUUCUGAGCUAUCCCUUCCAGACCGUAUCGUUAUUCUUUUGGCCAAAUAUGAACAUUCAAACGAUAUAUUACAUGUACCAAUUUUUAAUGUCGACAGUCUCUCCAAUUUUCAAUUUUCUGUUGGCUAUCCUAGCACUUCAGCGUUUCCUUAUAUUUUUCCUGCCGGAUUUUGAGAAGUUCUUUAGUUUCAAAUCGAAAACAUGGAAGGUUUUUAUUAUACUUCUCUACUUCACAUUUUUUAUUGUCAAUGCUGGAAUGGUUUACGCGAAAGGGGACUGGGAAGCUCAAAAUUAUACAAUGUUGGAGUGGGAAGUCGGUUACAAUGGAACUGAAGUUUUGGCCGUUAUAGAUGAAGCUUACACGACCGUCUACUUCUCCUUGGAAGCCAUCGCCAUACUUUCCACAGCUCUCUAUUGCCCUAUAUUCGUUAGUGUCCGACAGAAGAUCCACCUAAUUUCCUUGGCUCAAUCAAAACCUGAUCGAUACAUUCGUUACCAAGCUGUCGUGAUUUGCGCGUCGAAAAUGUUUUUUAUAGUGUUACUGUUUUAUAAUCAGAUUAUUGGCACCAAAUUCGCAUCUGAACGGAAAAUUGGAAUGCUCCUACAAAACUGGUCAAACUUUGGCACAACUCCGCUUAUCAUUCAAAUAUCGUAUCUGUUGUGUAAUAAACGGAAUACGAGAGCAAUCAUGGUGAUGUUGUCACCUCGACGGCUGAUUUGUCGGAAUUGUAGGAGGAAUCAAGUGGUUGUCGGGCCAGCAGAAGGUGAAAGCACCGUCGUUAGGAAUUUUGAUUAGGCUUUUUUUCUAACCUAGGGAUUUUCUGUAUUUAAUUGAAAUAAAUUCGUACUUCCUGAUAGGUAAA